AUGGCAUCGUCAGUCCCAGCGGCGUUGGUUGGCAACGGCAACAGUAGCCAACACCGCCGUCUUGUGGCCACAUCCAGCACGAACAACAAUAGCACCGGCAACGGAAGUGACGACCACAUCAACGCACCCCUCUCACCGUCUGUUGGCGGCGGCAACGGAGGGGGUGGCCGAGAGGUGGAGCAGCGCUUUGCCAGGAUCGUGGCAGAGUAUGAGUACAAAAUACUAGAGGAGCGCGGUCGUGCGCAGGAGCGAGAGGCGCAGCUGCUGGAGGAGCUGCAGCGCGAAAGGGCACAGGCAGCGCGUCUGCUGAACGAACCCUCCCAACGGCAACAGCAGCAAGAAGGGCAGGGACGUGGCGGCACGUCGUUGGUGGCCGGGGGAAGGCGCGACGACGCUGUGUCCAGGGAGGACCACGAGCGACUCCAGCAGCAGCUGCUAGAGACGCGUGGGCUGCUGCAGGAGGCGGAGCGUCGCUACCAGCAGGAGAAGCGCGAGCUUCUCAACCUGCGCACCGCACAACUGCGAAGUGAGACCUCAAAGCGCGGGCAGGAGGGCGACAUCAUUGCCCGUGCAAUGCAGGUGAUGUCGGAGUACGAGGCCGUCGUGCGCAGCAGCGAGGAGAACAGUCUGGCGCGUCUCUCACACCACAUGGAAACCUUUGAGCAAGAGUGGGUGCGCCGCUCGCGUGAGUUCGAGGAGCAGAAAGUUACAUUCGAGGCGGCAAUGCUUGAGAAGACGCGGCAGGCGUUGGCGGCGCACCAGCAUGACGUCGAGUCCAUCAGCCGCGCGUUGCUGGAGAAGACUACGCAGACGCUCAGCAACCACAAUGAACUUCGGCUCGAGAUGGAGGAGCAGGUGAUGCGGCACGCGGAGAUCUUCAAGGAGGAGUACAAGGCAAUUCUUGAGAAGGAGUUCUACGACCGCUGCAGGCUCUACGACGAAAAGAUCGCGGAGCGGGAACGUGGCUGGGUGAAGGUGCUGCAAGAGGAACGCAAGAAGAUUGUAGCGGCGGAGCAGCGGGCGGUGAAGGAGCACGAGGCACUACACGUGCAGGCGCUUGAGGACGCGAUGCGGGACUUGUCGCAGCUGCGUGAACAACUUGUGCGUGAGCACCAGGAACAACAAACGGAGGCUAUGAAAGAGCUCAUCACGCGCCGUGAGAACCUGCAGCGCGACCACGAAGGACUUAUCGCGGCUAUGAACAAAAAGACGCAAGAGAUGCAGCGCGAGUGUGCAGCGACGGUGGAGGCGGUGCAAGAUGAGAUGCGGAAGCUGCACGUGCGCAUGGCCGCCAAGGAGGCGGAGAUGGCGCAGCGGCUACACGACGCGGAGCAAAAGGUUGAUACCACGGCGCUCGCCAAGGCGCAGCAGAUACGCGACGAGGUGGAGCAAAAGUGGUCGUCUAUGCUUGCGGCGGAGCGGGCCACCUACACGGCGGAGCUGCAGCGUGUAAGCAGCGAGCACCAGCGACAAAUGGAGCGCGUGCGUAGCGAGCAGGUGGAACGCGACGGCGCCCUGCUGGCGUCAUACGAGCAGCGCGUUGUGAAGGUGGAGGAAGCGGCGGAGCAGCGGUGGGGCAGCCGUGUCGAAGAGGCAAUGCACGGUCUAGAGCGCCACAUGGAAGUGGUGCAGCUUCUGCGGCGCGACAAUGAGGGCAUGGCGGCCCGCAUUACAGGCCUCACACAGGAGUUGCAGCUGAAGGCGGCGGAGUUGGAGGGUGCCGUUGGACGCGCGCGCCGCGAGCAGGACGCCAUGUGGCACCGCAAGCUAGAGGAGAUGAGGCAGCGCUACGACAACCUGCUUGACGAGGCGCUCGGCGGCACCGACGGUGCACACGUACCGCGUGCCGAGUACGACGCGGUGGUGCGGAGCGUGAAGGAGUGGGAGGAGAAGUGCGUGGCGUUGAAGCAGCAGAACGAACUGCAGCUCGAGCGGGAGCGGGAGCAGCUGAACAUUGUUUGGGGUCAGCGCCUUGACGGGGAGCGCGCGCAGCGAACGGAGUGGGAGGCCGAGCGGCAGCAGUACUUCACCGCGCUGCGAGACGCCCUCCUGCAGGACAUGCGGGCGCGGGAGGCGUCAGCGGCGGCGGGGCGGCGCG